AUAUACCUGCAGUUUGUUUCUGGCCUCCACGCAGUGCUGUUGUGGUAACUUUGGACUAAUUGGAAUUAUAUCUCAAUAACGUUGUAACAUCGACUGGUACUCAUGUAUAGCGCCGUGAACAGGGAUAGGAAUGUUAGUGUUACAGUGGUGGACAUACCGCCAGAAAAUGAUGACUAUUCGGUGAAUUGCUGUGAUUACGCGCUAUGUCGGUGUCUGCGACGAGUCCCGUAUGCCACCAUCUUCGCCCUGCUCGUCCUCGCCGGCGGGCUGGCGUUGAUGACGUACGAGAUCCUGCUCAUUGACGAUACCAUCGAAGAAAUGUUCAGAGGGACCCAUCUUGACCCCCACGUCACCAAGGAACCAAGCAAGUUCUACAAGGGAGUUGCAGUUAUGUUCUGGGUCUUGAUUGCGCUGGUCUCUUUGGUAGGAUGCUUUGGACUGCUACUCCUCAUCAUGGCCUGCAUGACCGCGGGACCAUCGAAAAAGAACGCAUGCGGUAAGCGGGUCAUGAAGUGUGUUGGCCGUAUUUCUACCUCGGUGAUGAUCAUGAUUUGUUAUUUCCUGUGCGUGUGCUGGAUGUUGGGCUGUAUCAUCCUAGCCAUGCCUCUCACCUUCAUGCUGAUGGUGCAAUCCUACUGCGCGGUCCAGAACAACGUCUUCUUGGAUACCACCUGCAUGGACCUCACCCAGUAUGGUUUCGUUGAGGCACCAGACACCAACAGCACUGUAAUGAUGACAACAACGCCUAGCCCCAGCAUCAACGGGCCAGUGAUGCCUUUAGUGGCCAAAACGGUACCCAGCAUCUGUGGGUCGAAUUUGGAGCAGUUCUGUGACCACAACGAGGAUAUAUCGUUAUCUGUGUACUUGACCGUCACCGCAGCCGUUAUAGUGGUUCUAGCUCUGAUCCAUUUCUUGAUGGCGCUGGCGGCCAAUCACACCUACAUACGAAUAUUCCACAAGGACUUGCCGGGUAGGACCAAGUACGGAGGCAACGACUACAUCGGACAUCGCUACAGCGACGCGGGCAUGCCGCUCCAAGAACCGCUCAAUAUCCAGGACGAAAAUACUCAUUUCUGAGUCCAGCAACGCUAGAGGGCCUUCUCCUUUUACUUUUUAAUCAAUCGUAUUAAUUUUGUUGCUGGUUUGAUGACGAAGACGCCUUGCCGUUUUGAGGUCUUGACUCCGUUUAGGGAUCUUGUGUAACUUGGAAAGAUCUCUCGGAGUAUGGUGGUGACAUUUUCUAAGUUCUUAUGAAGACCGCCUUCAACGGCCUUUUUCUUAAAAUGUGAUGAGUUCUGAUGAAGGCCGGGUUGCCGUUUUUGGAGAAAACAGGGGUGCUUUUUGCUUCUUAAGAAGAAUAUUUAAAAAAACGAAAUACAGGGUUUUGAUGUGAUACGGGCAAGCUUUUUACGUAAAAUUACGUUUAUGUUUGAAGCUGCUAUUGAUGUGACGGUAUAGGAAGAGCAAGCCAUUCUUCUCACUAUGUCUUGUGGGCUUAGGUUUGGAAAGGGGAAGGGAUUUGCAGUGAAUGGAUAAGGAGAAAAGAGGAUAGAAAUAGAAGGAGAGAUCAUGAUGGAAAUGCUAAGAGAAAGAUAGAGAGAGAGAGAAAAAAAAAGGUUGCCUAUAAAUUAAAGCACAUUCUGACGUGGUCGGAAGCCUAAUUUCCUCCCGCCCAUUUCAAAUAGAGAUUGUGUUCCUGAAAACUAAUUCACUAGUUUAGGAGAAAUUAACAAAAACAAAGACGUGAUGGGGUUGCUUUAGCCCAUCCCUUUGAAUGGCAAAAUCGGCAGCUGAGCAAAGUUUGACUAUCCAUUUUGUAUCCAUCUGUAUUUACUGCCAAUGAUGAAUAUACAAACAGAGGAUACUACUCCCGUGCGCUGGCUACACUUUGUGAUAAUUUACCACUGGUCGAUAAGCGCUAUUUUGAUCGAUGUCAAUGAACUGACCAAAAUUGAGCAUCAAUAUCGAAUUUCAUUUUUCUUGAUUUAAAUUCAUUAGCUCGAUCUGAUUUUGCUGUCCAUACGGUAUGGGAUCUCACACCGUGUUUCUGAACACGCUGAGAUACCUCACACUUUGUGGACAGCAGAAUUUCAUUUCAAUUCGACGUCCGUGUGGUGAAAGAUAUAUAUCUUAUACUAAGAAAUGCAAUGUAAUAUCUUACACCGUAUGGUCAGCAAAAUCUGAUUUAUUGAGACAGGUUAAAUCAGGAAGAAUGAAUUCAUUUAUUAUCCUGUUGUGAUCAAAACUAAUUUUUAAUCAGCAUUGUUAGUAAUCUUAGCCCUGGAUUUGAUACAUACAUGUAACUCUCAAAGUGACAAUUCAUUGAUAUUUCAUAAAAUAGAAAUAAACGACUUAUUGAUAAGAAUGAUUAGACUAACCAAAGGUAAAAUGGCGGGUAAGGAACGAAAUCUUUGUAUGGGUUCUGCAUACAGAGGUUCCAGAGCAUGUCAGAGUUUGAUUGUUGGACGAAGAAAAGAAAUGUCAGAAUGAGAAAGAUGACGUAAGACUAAAAUAUCGAAAUAUGACCCGAAUUGUGCAUUGUCAAUCGACGAAAACUCAGCACAAUGACUUGAACGUGACGUCAUUCGAGAAGUAAUGUAUUUGAACAUAAAUUUGAAUUGUAUAUCUUGGUUUGAAGUAAACUCAUAUACCAGUAACGUGGUAUGAAAAUUCUAUUGAUGUGAAAAAAUUGUGAAGAACUUAGCUUGAUGUACAUAAUUUUAUCCAAAUUUUAUUCGAGUUUAAUAGUCAGUAACUUAGCUCAAACGUGUGAAAAAAUAAUGUAGUCGAUUGCUGUUUUCUUAGAAAACAACGGUAGUUAGUCAUUGAAGAAAUUUAUAUCGGAAUUUGAAUGUUGCAGAUUUUUCACGUGACUGUGUAUGUAGUUAAGGUAUAGCAAGUCGUCUAGGUGAUACGUGGUAUUGUAUAUAGCUUCUAUACAUGGACAUCAUGCAUUUCAAAACAUGUUAUUUAUUGUAGCUAUUGCAGAGUAAAUGGUGUAUUGUAUAAUGGCUGACAAGUGAACAUAUUGUAAUGAAGAAGCGAUUUUGAAUGUUGUAUUUUAAUGUUGUAACUUUAAGUAGCUCUUAUCUUGUCAAGAAACGUUUUCAAAAUGGCGAAUUUACUCCUGCGACUGUCAGUGACUUUUUUUAUUUUGUAUCUGUGUGCAUACAAAUUUUAUUUUGUCGGAAUUUCCCUUUUUAACUAGGUCUCUAGGAAACAAAGCGAGAAUGUAGGAAUAUUUUGUUUUUUUUCCAUCAUAAUGAAGAAUAUAAUGCUAGCACAAUCAUAGAUUUUUACCUUCAGAAAGCUUUUUAACUUCGAAUUCGCUAUAGAUGGGUAAUUAAAAUUCUAUCCAGCAUUGCCGAUCAACACUGAGAGGCAAAUUCCCUUAAUGAUUUCAUGCAAAAAAUAUGACAGUGUAAUUGGAUCAUUUCAUGUAUUUUUACACUAAUAAUGACAAUAUCAAAGUGGAAAAGUUACAAGGAAUUAGUCCAAAAUGUGUGCUGAUAAUUCAAAUUUCAUGGACACGUGUUGCCGAUUUGAGGAAAAUGUCUUGUCUUGGAAGAAAAAGAAAAUCAUGAAUUGGACAGAAAUUUUGAUAAGCUUCAGAAUGUAUUAAUAAAAAAGGAAUCGUUUAUAAUACCCAUCGAAAUCUAUUGUACCAUUUUUCGUCAAUUGAAACGAGAUAGUGAUUUAUUUUUCCAUGAACCUCCAAAUCAUCAGCAGAUAAUCUAAUUCUAAUUCAGAAUUGUGAGCCCGUUACAAAAAUGUGUAAACUACUCCUAAUUGAUUACCUAGUGAGGAGAACGGUCUCUUUAAAGUUUGCCUUCUUAUGCUAAACAUCUUUCCAUGAAUUUGCCAUUUUAAUAGCAACAAUGUCAGAGGCACAAAGCGGCUCAUGUCCAUUGACCAUUGUACAAUGGAUAAAGUGUCGCAUGAUGAAGAACAGUUAGUCACCGAUGCAAAACGGCGGCCAUCUUGUGACUUCGGCAUCUCACACAGGUGAUAACUUGUUGGCAGUGAGCUUGUCAUCCUUUGUCACAUUUUCGAAUAAUUUUCAGAGCUCUGGAUCGAUGUCCUACAGCUACAAUCCAUUCAUGCAAAUUGUUGCUUCACAAAAGAAACUGCUCAGCUAUUUGAACCACCUGAACCCAUCCAUGACUUUGUGAUAGGCCUAGAAGAAAAAAUGUCAUUCAUGUGAUAAUUCGUUACACCCAAAUGGGCUAUUAUAAAGGAAGUCGAACACAUUCUUUAGCUCCGCGCGCCAAACAUGAUACAGGCCAGUGAGUAUCUCAUUAGUGAUCAAGCAUGUUGUGCUUCUCUCUCACAUUUUACACCCGACAUCAAUUGUACACCCGUCAUUAAUGGCGACCUACAUGGAAGGAUGUCUAGCAAGGGAAAGGUAACAUGAAGACAUUUUUAUAAUUAAUAGGUUAUCAAGAAGUAGGUUUAGUUUCGGGAUUUAAGAACAGACUGACUUAUUUUCUAGAUUAUCUACAAAACUAAAACUUUGCGUUCAUUCUUUAAGAAAAUGGAAAGAAACUUGCGGCGAAAACGUUUCUUGGCGUCUAUAAACUGUUCACUGCAAUCUCUAGACUUAUUUGUAGGUCUAUAACGCUUAUUAAGUUUUCCAUUCAAUUUGCCUUGUCAUUGUUGGUGAAUAUUAUGUGACAUGGACAUUUUUAAUGUUGUGAACUUGUGUAAGUAGGUGUCAAUUUUGUGUCAUUUUUGGAAAGUUGUGAACUAUAAAGCAGUCCGCCAUGCGUUGCCAUUCGAUUCUUAUCACUUCGAAUUGUCAAUAUAAGAAAGCGGUACAAGAAAGACCAAAACAAGUGUUGGUAAAAGCGAGUUUUCUGAUAUUUUGUUUUCGUUCGGCUGGUCGGUAUUUUAGAAAUGAAGGUAUUAAAUCUGUGUGCAUCAGUAAUUGAUGAAGAACACAAUUUGUUAUCCGUUGUCAUUAAUAAUCUAUGACUCUAGGUUAUAAGCGUGCUGAUUUUUUCAGCUGCUGUUUUCAUGUUCUGAAUUGGUUACUGAUGUAGCUCACAUAUUUUAUGGCCUUGAUUGCCAAAAGGUGACAAUCUAAUCAGUAUUUUGACAUUUUUAAGCAAAAGAGUAUUGGCAGAAAAUGAUGAUAUCCUUCAAAUCUACAAUGCGCAAACCUGUCUUUUAACGAAGUUUUGAGUUGUAUGAUAAAAAGUGUAAUUUUUAUAAGACCUAUAACAAGUGAGGGGAUAUGUAUUUAAAUUGUAUUUUAUCGGGUUUUUAUCGGGUUGGAUAUCUUGUCGAGACUGAGAAUAGCA